AUGGCUGCUAUGAGUGUGAAACCACCUAAUUCAACAUAUACAUUUGCGAGUCAACCGAAAGCUGUUCAACAACAAGGACAGCGACAAAAAUUUCGACAAGCACCUGUUGAACCACAAGAUGAGAACAGUUUGUAUGCAAAUUUAAUGUAUGAUCGUCGUGUUAUACGUGGCAAUACUUAUGCUCUUCAUACACUUCCUGCUCAUGCUCAACCAGAUCCAAUUGAAGUUCAACGUCAACAAGAAGCUAAACGACGUGCUAUAGCUAGACGAAAGGCUCGAGAACAAGUUCGUACUAGAACACCAGAACCAGUUCACGAUCGAAGAAAUGUCGAUGUUCAAACAGAGCUUUACCUUGAAGAACUCAGUGAUCGAAUUGAAGAAGCCGAUGUUGAUGUUCAAACAGAUGCUUUUCUUGAUCGACCACCAUCACCUCUAUUUAUUCCACAAUCAACUGGCAAAGACGUUUCUACUCAAAUUGAAGAUGGCGACUUAUUUGAUUUUGAUCUUGAAGUGAAACCUAUUGUUGAAACUUUAGUUGGUAAAACAGUUGAACAAGCAUUAAUUGAAGUCGCUGAAGAAGAAGAAUUAGCAGAAAUUCGUGAACAACAACGAGAAUAUGAAGAAUUACGUAAUGCUGAAUUAAUUGAAUUACAACGAUUAGAAGAACAAGAAAGACGUUUAAGAGCUGAAAAAGAUCGUCGAAUGAGACAAGCACAAGAUUCACUUCAAGCUGAACAAGAUGUUGCACAAAAAGUUGCUGCAAGAGCUUUUGCUAAAGCUUACUUACAAGAUCUUGUUCCAAGUGUAUUUAAUAACUUAAGAGAAAAUGGAUACUUCUAUGAUCCUGUUGAACAUGAAAUUGAAACAUCAUUCAUGCCAUGGUUAGUAGAUAAGACAUUGACACAUGUUAAUCAAUUGGUACUUGGUCGAACUAUUCUUGAUUCAAUUAUUCGAGAUGUUGUCAAUCAACGAAUUGAUGAUUAUGAAAAACUAGCUGAUACACUUCGACAAGUCAUUGAAGGUACUGUUGAUAUGGGAACAUCAACAGGUGAUGUUGCACAAGGUUCAGGGCAAAAUACUGAUCGACCAGAAUCAGCUCAUGGAGAACAUCAUGGUCAUUCAGAACAUCAUACAAAUGAAGAAGGAGAAAAUCAUACUGGUGCCUUACUCAAUGAUGAAGCUAUUGAUGAACGUGAUGAAGAUCAAUUAAAUGCCGAAGAAGAUGCUGGUGGUGAACAGUAA